AUGACGGCAUCUAACACCACAAGAGAGAAGAACUCAGGCCCCCUGCUCCAGGUUGGGCUUUGGUUCUCCCUCAUACUGGCAGGCCUCAUUGUUGGUGCCAACCUCCUCCUGGCAGUGGGAAUUGCCCGAGACCGCCGCCUCCGAAGCCCUCCUGCCGGCUGCUUCUUCCUAAGCCUGCUCAUGGCCGGACUGCUCACAGGGCUGGCCCUACCCACACUGCCUGGGCUGUGGAGUCAGAGUAGGCACGGUUACUGGCCCUGCCUUCUCCUCCACCUUACCCCCAACUUCUCCUUCCUCUCUCUGCUCGCCAACCUCCUUCUGGUGCACAGUGAACGUUAUUUGGCCGUUCUGAGGCCCCUCCGCCCUCCCCGAGGAACCCGCUGGGCCCUACUGGCAGCAUGGACUGCCCCCUUGCUCUUUGUCAGCCUGCCUGCCUUAGGUUGGAAUCACUGGGCAUCUGAUGCCAACUGUACAUCCCAGGCCAUCUUCCCUGCCCCUUACCUCUACCUCGAAGUUUAUGGCCUUCUCUUGCCCUCUGUCGUGGCUGCUGCCCUCCUCUCUGCCCGGGUGCUGGUCACUGCCCGGCACCAGCUCCAGGAUAUCCGCCGCCUGGAGAGGGCAGUGUACCGUGAUGCCCCUUCAGCACUGGCACGGGCCCUGGCCUGGCGCCAAGCGAGGGCACAGGCAGGUGCCACACUACUAUUUGUGCUGUGCUGGGGCCCAUAUGUUGUUACACUCCUCCUCUCAGUGCUAGCAUUUGAGCAACGACCCCCUCUGGGACCCGGCACCCUCCUAGUACUCAACUCUUUGGGCAGUACCAGUGCUGCUAUUGUACCUGUAGCCAUGGGGCUUGGGGACCGGAGAUACACGGCCCCUUGGAGGCAAGCCGUGCUGAGUUUCUGGGGAGUACUGCAGAGAACAGCCACCCAUCGCAGACCCCACCCUGAAUCUGGAGCCCCAUGCCAACAUGGCAGCACGCACAGUGGAAACGACAGGUAGAAGUCGACGCAACUUCCAAGACCCAGCUGCAAGGCUCCCAGUGACACUUGUCUACUGCCCCCCUCCAAGGCACCAUCUCCCCCACUGACUCUUGCCUCUGACCCAAGACCCCUCCUUCCUUCUCCCUGGAAGCCUCCUCAGAGUCCAAGGUAUCACCCCUCCCAUGUAUGGAGCUGCCUGUCCACCCGUCUUUUUGUCUGCUGGACUGCCCUGAAGAAAUGUUCAGGCUCUCCUGCCUUCCCCAGGGACUCAGGGCAAAGAACCUGGAGAAGCAGGCCAGUCUAUGCGUGGCAACCCCUCCGAAGAGGAUACGAUGCUGCUCAAAGUGGGUGAUCGCAGGAAAGAGGGACCUGGGAAACAGCCUCCUCAACCUAGCGCUGGGGACCA